AUGCUUGGCCGGGCCUUGUCCAGCGACAUGGCAGGCAUCUCGCGUGAAAACUUGCAUCCUUUGCUUCAGAACGUGUGGGUCUUCAUGCUUGAAGAUAUGCUACAAGCUGCCCAUGUGAUGUCACUGAAGAAGAAAAGGCUCAUCCAUGGAUCAACGAUUAUUGAUGCCUCAGGCCUGUCACUCUCAAUUCUUCGGUAUGUCUCGGAAUAUAAGCCGUGGCUUGAUAUCAUGAACGAAGACUACCCAGAUUUGGUGAGCUCUGUGAUAGUUAUCAACGCCCCUUCCUUCUUUGUGAAGAUUUGGAGUGUCGUCUCACUACUCAUAGCUCCAACCACGAGAGAGAAAGUCCAAAUCGUGGGGACGGACUUCCAAGACGUCCUUCAAAAACAAGGAAUGAAUUUGGAAGCUUUGCCCGUCUUUUUGGGCGGCCAAUAUGAGGGCUCGCGAUUGAACAGCACCUUGAUAGUUCCCAAAGGCGCAGCUACAGGUCUCAAUUUGAGCUUUGGUGGCGCAUAG